CUGUUCUCAGCUGGUCUCGGUCAGCUCGCAAAAUUCUACGCAGUAGUACUCAGUACUCAACGAUCCACAAUGUGGGAAUGACUUAUUACAGAAUUCCCGAUGCCAUAUUGAGUGUUGGGGAGUGAUUCACCAAAAGAGUUUGACUUUUUUCCCGACAGUCGUUGUCAUACGUAGUUGAAGUUAAACAUUCAGUUGCAACACUGCACACUGCUGAGCAAUGAAAAGCGUGACUGCAACCGCGUUCCGAAGCGGGCCAUUGGCCGUGCUAACUCCGCCCAUGUUCACCGACUCACUCCUUCCCUGCUCCUUCCUUCCGUGCUUCCUCCUAACGGAACCCAGAUUUUUGUUGGUACACAGACACUUGUAUAAGUAAACGCGUCUUUUGACCAUUCGCGCUGGUGUUAACAAUGCUUUCAGCUCAGACAAUAUCGGAACACGCUUCGAGAGACAGCUGCUGGAUCAUCGUUCAUGGCAAAGUUUACGAUGUUACCGAGUUUCUAGAUGAGCAUCCCGGAGGAAGCAAGAUUAUUCUCAAAUACGCGGGGAACGACGCCACGGAGGCGUAUGAGCCCAUCCACCCGCCCAAUGCCAUAAUAGAUAACCUAUCUAGUGAAAAACAUCUUGGCGAUGUGGAUCCAAGCACUGUCACCAAAGUCGUGAAGGUGAUCUCUGAAGCCGAAAAAAAACGCCAAGCCUUGAUAGCCAAACGACCACCGCUCGAUGAAAUCCUGAAUCUACACGAUUUUGAGGCCAUCGCAAAAGUGAUACUGCCGGAUAAAGCUUGGGCUUACUACUCGUCCGCAUCAGAUGAUGAGAUCACUAUUCGCGAGAAUCGCGCUGCUUAUCAAAGAGUCUGGUUUCGUCCACGGAUCCUUCGAGAUGUAACAGUCGUCGAUUGGUCAACAACGAUUCUUGGACAAAAGUCUAGUUUACCUGUCUAUAUUUCCGCUACUGCUUUGGGCAAACUUGGCCAUCCGGAUGGAGAGUUGAACCUUACUCGUGCAGCCGGAAAACACGGAGUUAUUCAAAUGGUUCCGACUCUUGCAUCGUGUUCCUUCGAUGAGAUUCUCGAUGCUGCACAGCCCGACCAGCCCCUGUUCCUGCAAUUCAUCACCAAGCGAUACGUUCAACAUGCAGAGGCACGAGGAGUCAAAGGAUUAUUCAUUACUGUAGAUGCACCUCAGCUUGGUCGCAGAGAAAAGGACAUGCGUAUGAAAUUCGUUGGCGACGACGCUGGAGCUAAAGUUCAAGAAAAUAUGUCUGGUGUCAAGAAGGAUGAAGGUGUUGCCAGAGCCAUUAGUUCUUUCAUUGACCCGAGUCUCUCCUGGAAGGAUAUACCAUGGUUCCGAGGGAUCACGAAGAUGCCUAUCAUUCUCAAAGGUGUCUCAACACCUGAAGACGCAAUUCUUGCUCUAGAAGCAGGAGUGCAAGGAAUCGUUCUGAGUAAUCACGGUGGUCGGCAGCUCGACACAAGUCGUUCUGGUCUGGAGAAUUUGAUAGAAAUCGCAGCUGCACUAAAAACUCGUGGUCCAUGGCCCAAUCCUAAUUUCUCUGUCUUCGUGGAUGGUGGUGUUCGCCGAGCCUCUGAUGUUCUCAAAGCGUUGGCGCUUGGUGCGUCUGCGGUCGGCAUAGGAAGAGGGUUUCUCUAUGCAUUCUGUAGCUACGGGGAGGCUGGAGUAGAGAAAGCAUUCAAGAUUUUGGGCGAAGAAUUUGAAAUGAAUUUGCGUCUCUUAGGUGCCAGGAAUCUAAACGAGCUUGUACCUGAGAUGGUAGAUGCCAGUGCUCUCCAGGCGCAUGUCAGUACGCCUAAGGACAAUCUGUUCGAUUCAACCUAUCAGCCCCUACGGCUGGCGGAGAUCAAAGCGGCUAAGCUCUAAGAGAUGGUGAUUCGGGAUGUUGCAGCAUUGGUAACUUGUAGAACGAAAGUUGUAUGUAUGAUAAAGUUCUGAAUGUUUGGAAUUGGAUGUACUUUCUCGUUUUCUCUCUCUCUCGCUUCGGGCGCUUUGAAUGAUUGCUUGAGCCA